AUCGCUCACAGUUUGAGGUGAAAUGUUCGCACGUAAGGACAUCCGCCCGCGCUGAUCCCGAGUUUGGUGAAAAUUGAAUUUUUUUCCAGUGUGCACAAGGGCAAUGGGAUUGGAUUUUGGGACAACAUGGAUGAAGAAGAUGGUUGAGAUUUUGUGCCAUAUUCGGAAAAAUGUGUGGUUUGGUGGAAAUCGAAGAGUGCUUUCUUGAAAUAUUGACGAAAAACGAAACGAGGGGCACUCCCAAGAAAGUGAAAUCCAUUUUCAUUCCCCGUUCUCCAUCCGACACCGUGCUGAUAAGAGCCACGAUGAGGUGAAAUCAGAAGCAGUAGCGAAUUUCGAUGCUGAUUGUGCAAAUACCAAUCAAACUAAUUCGAACCGAGACCGAGGUUAAUUGAAUUAAAGUUAAACAAACAGUUUCACCUUCGGACGCCUGAGGCCGUAAGAAGUGUGCUAAGUGCCAGGCCAAGACACGACGGAGUUUUCUCACGAUAGUGAAUGGCUGCUAGUAUGUGAGUGUGCAGGCAUGCAGAUUUUCUCCUGUUUGACAGUCCAGCAGGCUGGCGCUUUGCAGAAAGUGGUCUCAACGUGUCAUACCGUCGUAGGGGAGCAGCAGCAGCAGCCUGGAGUAGUAGCCUGUCCCGGUUGGGUGGGGGAGGCUAUUACCGUGCUGAAGACCCGGGCAAUGAACGGCCACUCGUAGAGGUAAUGGAAUUUUCGCGGAUUUUGCGACUUGUUACGCGACGUGAAACUAAGCGGUACAGAAGAUUGUGUGACUUGCUGCAAGACGCACGUGGGACUGUGUGUGUGUAUGAGGUUGCGAAAGAAAUUUGAGAAUAAUCCGGUGGUUUGGUACAAAAACAAACGCGUGUGAAACUGGAAGAAUUGGAACUUGGGCAGCAGGUCGAUUAUCCUAUCGAAGUUUGCUGCUGGGCAGGUCAAACGCAAUUUGAAUCAUCAAAAGCGAAGGAUUGCCGAUUGUCAACAACACAGGAAAUAUCAUCCUACGGCGGACUGGAAAUCCUACCAGAGAUUGUGCUGAUUUCGGAACUCUAGGCGAUCAGUGGAGAAAUAUACUCAUCUAUUCUAACAGUGCUUAUUCAGUGGCUAGGAUUAGUGUCUGCUUUAAGUGUUCGAACCAAGUUGUUAUUGCUUAUCGGAAUUAUAAAUAAUCAUCGUAUUAAAAUAGUAAAUAUCCACAAAUUAAUCAUCCACAACCGUAUAAGACAGUCCGGCCGAGAAAAGGGUCAAGGAAACCAGAGUGCAAAGAUCGGCAGAAUCGGUAGAAGAAAAGUGUCAUCCAGUCAUUUUCCAUCGAAGACUCGCUGUCUCAUGGUAUUUUCUCACGGAAAGUUAACCAUAACCGACCCACCCGCACCGAACCAACGUUCUUUCUGGCCGCACAUCGACCCGUUGUCGGAGAAUCGAAAAGAAGCGAAGAAGAGCGAACAUUCCAUACAACCACAAUUACUUCCGAUAAGGUUGAAGGAAUUCCUGUGAGCUAGUGAGCAGGGGCUAGUGAUGAGACGAGGGCCCACCAGCAGCAGGGAAACUCACUCGCUCACUGACGACUGCUAGUGCCGAACGGUCUGACCCACCACGUCUUGACGGGAGCAGCGCGCAGUAACGUAAGAAAGCAUCGGAAUUCAGUGUCACUGUCACUGCGAUUAUCACUGGCACUGUGUGGGUUGUUGCCGUUGACAAAAGAAAAAGCAAAAACCAACCAAACAAACAAUGGGGCAGUGACAGAACAACGAAGAUUCACGUGAAGGGUUAUUACAGGGAAUCAGUGUUUCGAGGAAUGAAGGUUGAGAAAAGUUUGGAUUGGGAAUAAUUCAAUUCUAGAAAGGGAAGGAAGUGUUUAUGUGAGCGCUGUGUUGUUAUCAAUCGUAGCAGGCUAGUGUUAGUGCGAAGUGUGCCCCCCGGAAAGCGAAGUGAGAAUGAGAGUCAAAUUUGACCGAAAAUUGAGGUGUUGUUCGUAAUACUACAAUGAUGAUGAUCAGCAGUUGUGAAGAAUAAUAAGGAGAUCGGAAAACAGAAGAGAGAGUGUGGCAAGAAAAGCAGAAGAAGAAAAACGGAUAAUAAACUACCCCCGUUUAAGGGUGCUGUAUAACACGACUACUAGAGCGCAACGACGUCUGAGCCAGUGGUUAAGGAAAGCAACCGUUUCGAGAAGAAGGUUAUAACGUUAUAACGCGACUGCACGGUGAGCGAAGUUAUAAAUAAGUGAAUCAAUAAUAAUACAAAUAUCGGAGUGGUAUAAGUUGUCAAACAUCGGAGCGACCGCCCCGCCAUGAGCUAGAGUCCGAGCAUGAGUGAUGGAUUUUCCGCUGAUUGAGGAUAAUAGUUUACCUUUGGGAAUACGUUAGCGGAAAAGGUGUGUGGAAAUGCGCUUAGGGGGCGCCCCCGGUGGCGGAGACCCCCUAGCGAUGGGUGCCGGGAACGAUUAUGCCGAGCUGUGCGACCUGGGCCCGUCCCGGUGGAGCUCCAGGAGCGGCUACCAGCAGGUCUCGCCGCCGGUCAAUUCGAUCUACCACCACACUGGCGGCAGUAUCGCUGGUGUCGGCGGCGGCGGCGUCGGCGGUGGCCCCAGCAGCGGGGUCGGUGUCGGUCUCGGGAGCAUCGGCGGGGUCAGUGUCAGUGGGGGCAGCACCGGCGGCGUUGGUGGCCACGGGACCACGAUCCGCUCGAACAGCUUCGAAGCCGAGGACGCAAUCGGUCCGUACGGCAGCACCCGGAUCGGCAACAGCACAAGCUCCCUGCGCGGACGUUCAGGUUUAUAUUAUUCACCACCCGGUACUUCAUAUACAAUAGUAGAAAGAGAAAGACCACACUCUCCUCAUUAUUAUUAUAACACAGCCGGUGUCCCUUCCAAAGGAGGUUCAUUGCCAAGUAGAAGUAGUUAUUUAGACUCAGCUAGUUUAGGUGUUUCAACUGGUGCAGGUACAGUUCCAAAUUCUACCAGACAUAAUGGUAAGAAGCGGCCUAUCUCGCCAGAGCAGGUCCUUAGAAUGUUUAACACAACAAGUUCAUCUUCUUCAGUUCCUACUAGUUAUCAUAGUAAUGGCACGCGAGACCGAGGCCGUCGCAGUCCUGCCAGCAGUCCGCCUUCUACGACCCACCAGAUCUAUCGAGAUCGGGAACGGGAUCGAAGCAUACCGAACAUUCACACGCUGACUACGCGGACCGUGAAUAUGUCCCGCGAUCAGCAAACCGAUGCCAGCCACGGGUUUGGCAUCUGUGUCAAAGGAGGCAAGGAUUCAGGUGAGUGUGUUGGAGUGUACAUAUCCCGGAUAGAGGAAGGAUCGCUCGCGGAACGAGCGGGUCUCAGGCCAGGCGAUACGAUACUGGAAGUGAACGGAACGCCGUUUACGUCCAUCAACCACGAAGAAGCGCUCAAGAUCCUGAAAUCAUCACGCCAAAUCAGCAUGACGGUUCGGGCGCCUCCAUCGGCAGCAUCCUCGAUGAUUAACUCAACCGCCCCGCUGCAUGGUUUUGGACCACCCCCAAGCGUGGUGGGCAGUACUAGUCGGUUGGCGGCCGCCGUUGCUGAUCCACUCGGGAGUGCCUCGCUGGUCGGAGUUGGCCCCGGAUCGACCGUCGGACCGAUCGUGAUGCCGGGUGGAGUGACAGGCUCGGGCGGAGUUUAUCCGCCACCACCGAAUCGACAAACCUGCUCUUGGAUGGACCGACAGGGGAGACCGGCCUCGCCACCGUACGAGUACGGUGGCCGCCGGCCGGAACGGAGGGACCGAGUUCGGCGUGUUGACCUAGUGAUAGAGCCCGGCCAGUCCCUGGGGCUGAUGAUUCGGGGAGGUGUGGAGUACGGGCUGGGUAUUUUUAUUACCGGCGUCGACAAGGAUAGUGUUGCGGACCGGGCCGGACUGAUGGUCGGAGAUCAAAUCCUGGAGGUGAACAAUCAAUCAUUCAUGGAUGUGACCCAUGACGAGGCCGUUAGUCAAUUCAAGUUCCACAAACGGAUGUCGCUGCUGGUGCGGGACGUCGGGAAAGUGCCACACUCGUGUACCACCGUUGAGCCAGAACCGUGGGACGCCUACAGUCCGACCGGAGUGAGAACCCGCCGGAAAUGUCCGGUGUCAGCGAUGGUAGAAGAAAAAGCCAGAUCCUUAUUACCUCGUCAUCAUUUUGCUAACUUAUCGUAUUAUAUAGCGGAAUAUGGUGCUAGAGGAAUGACCAUAGAGGCCUUCGUAUCUGUUUUAUUAGAAAUGUUAGAUACACCCGAGAAGCAUACCUUAGUAACAGAAAUAAGAGAACUAAUUUUUCCUGAAGAUAGAACGCGAUAUGACGAACUUGUAUAUAGGAGAGGGAGAGACAUUUACGGUGAUCCACUAGAUAGGCAUAGGAGAAAAGAUCAUUUACCUCAUUCGCACGACCUGCCGGUUUCCGACACGGAUCUGGAGGUGAUCGAGGCAACCGCGACGGCGAAGACGACGGCUGCGGCAGGAGCUCUCCCGGACAUUCGCAAUCGCCCACCGGCACCACUGCCGUAUCGCCCUCUCUCAGCCGGACCAAUCCUUCACCAUCAUCCGCCCUCAUCGCGCCAUCUAGCGGACUUGGGACCCGGGGGAACGCCAAACCGUGGUGGGUUGGGCUUCGGGGGCACCGCGUCAUCGCCGCCAGCCGGGGGCGUGCUCGGUUUGAACCCGCUGUAUCACACGAAUCGUCAGAAAAUUUCCUCAUCCUCUAGCGAUGUUGUCAAACAGUUGAAGAAUAAGGAUUACAAUGAUCCGUCGCGACCUAGGAGAGGCAGUGAGACUCAGCUGUCGAGGGCGGAUUACGACUCGGUAAGUGACCAACAAAAACUCUUUUUGAAUUGAUGCAAAAAAGUUCAAAAGACACUAAAAGGAACUUGAUAUCAACAGUGGAAAAUUAAUCGAGAACAUUUCUGAAACGUUUAAGCACUCUGACGUUUCGAUUUACUGAAAUCGGAGGUCAUCAGCAGG